UUUUGUAUCUCUGCAGCCAUGGCGCCUCUCAAUGUCGGUCUCAUGGGCUAUGGCUUUUCCACAAAGAGUUUCCAUCUCCCAUUUAUCUUGCCGAAUCCGGAUCUCAGAGUCUAUGCGUUCUUACAACGUGCUCCAGCACCAAGCAAUGCAUCGGAAGUUGAGAAAGGAAAACAUUGUACAGUCGACUUUCCGGAUGCAAAACAUUAUCAGACCUCGGACGAGUUCUUUGCUGAUCCAAAUAUCGAUCUGGUGAUUGUUUGCACACAUCAUGAUACACAUGCCGAGUUUGCCGAGAGAGUUCUUUCGGCCGGGAAACACGUUGUCGUUGAGAAACCUUUCACUGUCUCUACAGUAGAAGCAGACCGAGUAAUUGCCGCUGCUAAGAAUAGUGGCAAGAUCUUGACAGUUUUCCAAAAUCGUCGAUACGAUUCCGACUUCAUUACUCUUCAUCACCUCGUCAGCAACUCCCCAUUCGGUAAAAUAACGGAAUGCGAAAUUCACUACGACGUCGAUUUUCCCUCCUGGAUCUCAGGCUGGACAUCACCCUCCUACUCACCAGGCCAAGGAAUGCUGUUCGGUCUCGGAAGCCACACCAUCGAUCAGGCACUUGUUCUGUUCGGUCCUCCCAAAAGUGUCACAGCAUUCUAUCGAUCCUUGAGAGGAGUCGAAAGUGAGACUGAUGAUACGUUUACCAUUAUUUUACAGUAUGGCGGAGAGCAGAAGAACUUGCUGGUGACGAUCAAAACGAGCGUUGUUUCGUCGAUGCAGUAUCCGCUCAAAUUCUUCAUCAGAGGAUACGAAGGCUCAUUUGUCAAGUUCGGUGACGAUAAACAAGAAAGUCAAAUAGCAAAAGGGAUGACGACGGCUUCGGAGGGGUUUGGGAUUGAGGAUGAAGCGACAUAUGGGUUGCUUACGACUAAAGAGAGAUUUUGUGACACACAGGACUUUGACCAGGUUAGUGGGAAGUGGGUGGGAGAGUUUCCAAGUUUGAAAGGUGAUUAUGAGGGAUUUUACAAUGAUCUGGUCAAUGCGAUUAGAGGCGAGAGCGAGGUUAUUGUGAAGCCGGAGGUGUCAAGGGAUGGAAUUCGGAUUAUUGAACUUGCGAGGGAGAGUGCUGAUCUGGGUCGUACGAUGCCCUUCGAGUAGACUGGUUGGAUUGCAGUGUCUCGGCUGGCCCGGAACUCUUUGUAGCAGAUGAUGGAAAAAUUUCGUUGUAAAAAUACAAAGCUCAUAUUUAUCAAUAGUAUCACU